AUGUCGUUCGUCAUCCGUCGAGGCGUGUCGACGCUCGUUCCUCCCAAGGUUGCAAACCCAUCGGGACUCGGAGCCGCCGCAAAUGCCCAGCGCAUGGCCAGAAUAGCCAAGUUUUACGAACAAUUACCAAAAGGACCUGCACCAGCACGAGCACCCAGUGGACCAUUGGGCUGGUAUCAAGCGAAAUACUUUGGCAAGAACCCAUCUGCUGCUCCGAUCUGGCACGUCAUUUUUGGCAUUAUGGCAUUGGGUUACAGCAUGGAAUACUACUUCCAUCUGAGACACCACAAGAACAACGCUCAUUGA